AUGGAUCCCCGAUCUUUCUUGCCGGUCUGGGACGAAACGACGCCAGGAGUAAUCCGCAUCACAGUGCAUCGCAACAUCGAAGGUCAACGAGAGCUCGUCGGCUUCAUCGUUCAUAAAGCCAAGACAGGAACAGUCGAGAUAGCCAACUUCAACGCCAACCUUUCUAUGGAUGAUUUGAGCAUCGGCGGCUCAACGAAGAGGAACAAUGAUAAGUUCGCUGGCGUUCAUGGUGAAGGAUUCAAGGUUGCAGCCCUCGUCAUGGUCAGAUCUGGGAUCCCAGUGCGCAUCCAAUCCACAUCUGCAAACUGGAACUUCGGAUUCAAAGGGUUCAACAAAGAUCGAUUCUAUUGCAAGAUUUCGAAGCCUAACACAAAGAAUGUCAAUUCUGAGACGGUCUCACUUACACAGCAGACAAUGGGAGGAACGCUGCGAUCCGAUCUGGUGUCGUACUCUUCCAGGGACGUGGCGAUCCAGCUCUCCCAUCCAGCAACGGGCAGAGGCUACCGCAAGCCCAUCACUGCAGAAGAGUUCCGCGCCUGGACGACUGUGUCGCUUGACUUGAGCAACCCCGAUCCCGACAAAAUGAUCCGAACGCAGCACGGAGACCUAGUCUUCGAUGAGAGGUUUGCAGGACAAAUCUACUUGAAGGGGUUCAAAGUGAGCGCUCCUACUCUUGGCAGCAAAUCUUACAGAUUCUGCUACAAUUUUGCGACUGGAAAGCUUGGUCGUGACCGGGAGAGAAUGACGUCUCACGACAAAGAGGCGGAAACGCUGGCCAAUAUCUGGGAGACAGCGGUGGCAGGCGACCAUGGCAACCUCGUACAGCGUUACGUCGAGCUUUUCAGUGAAGACUGUGUUGAUAUCAUCUCUGCUGAGAAGGCAUCCAGAAUCUUGGCCCGACGCAUCUGGACCUGGCUGAGAACUAGUCAACCGGGCGCAUUUUAUUAUUCAGAAGGCUCCGAUUCUAGGCAUGACGGUGGUCAUCAGGUUGGCAUCAUUCUGAACGAUAUCAAGAAGCAGCCUCGAAAGCUGGCCAAAGAGCUGUGGCGACUUCUUGUAAAAUACGACUGCGCCCGAACCCCCCAGCAGGAACGAAUCCGUCUGUUCUCGUCAUCCCAGCCUGUUGGUAAUGUGGAUGGCUACUUCGGUCUUAACAUCUCCCGUGUACUGAAGUCAGUUUUGGCAAUGGAUACAGCACUUUCUGGAAUUCAGCUCCAAUUCGUACAAGGUGCUGAUACCACCAUCGACCUGCACUUUGACCCGAAGAGUGGGGUGCUUCAGAUCAAUCAUAGAUGGCUCAAUUUCGAAGCCGUUCAUGUCGAAACUCCAUGCGAGUUCUUUGAGAUCGCGAAGCAUGAUGACGUUGACGACAUUUUCUACUGCGACCAUGUGGUAGAAGAUUUGCUUGAGCUUGCAAUGAACCAUAUACGGGACUAUGUCAACAUUUCUCCUUCCAAAGCCAUCGAGCUACGACGCCAGGCUCGGGAGUACAUUCGGCAGACCCCCAGAGGCGUCCAAGUUUCAACGACUUCCAAGGCUUGCGAGCUUCAAGUCCACUGGCUCCGAAACAACUACGAGCUGGUGUCCAGGAACUACCUCGAGAGGAAGGUCUGCAACGUCAAACUCCAUAGUCUCAGCACUUGUGAGACAAGACGUGAAGACCUCAUAAUCAACACAGUUAUGUUGCACACCAUUCUUGCCUCAUGA